UAGUAGUACAUCAAUUUGCCUAAAAUUAUUAUGUGUAUAGUCGGCCUGUACAGGUUUGAUUUGUAAUAUAAUUAAUUUCAUUUUUUAUUUGACUUACUUAAAGAUGAAAGAAGGAGGAGAAUCUAUUAGUAUGUUAUCAAAUACUGUUAGCAAAGAAGAAGAAGAAGACUAUGAAGAUAUUAGUGCUAGUGAAGAUGAGGAAAAUGAUGAAAGAAAACAUACCAAGUUGUUGGAAGCCAUUGGAUCAUUAGAUGGAAAAAAGAGGAGAUGGAUUGCUCAGAGAACUGAACCAAGUGCUACUGUGUCGGAGUAUAACCUCUCAGAAACUGAUAAAGAUACUGUGAAACUUCAUGAACUUUUAACCAGCCUUAAACAGACGUCGAGCCACACUGCUAUUAAAAAACAACUUCGGUCAGCUGCCAGGAAGAGUAAGACCUUAGAUUCUCCACUCCCAACACCUCAGGCUGAGAGGAUAAAACGUAGCUUGGCUUAUGAGAAAGUGAGAAAAGAUAUUUCCAAAUGGGACCCUAUUGUGGAGAAGAAUAGAUUGGUGAGUAAGAUUUUGAAUUCAGAAAAGUUUCAAAUAGUGCAGCAUACA